AUGCAUUGGAAAGGCUUGCGGCUUGUCGCCGAUAGCUCCAAACGUCAAAGUACCAUUGAACCCCAAUCCCAGUCCCGCCGCAGUGAGCAUUUGCCACGUCCAAGUCCGCCGGUGUCCGAUCCGAGACUCUCGGAGUCUACUGCCCGCGGUCCAGCCCUGCCCCCGAUCGAUGGAACGGACGAUUCGAGACUCGGGGUGCCCACUGAUAUUCCAGACCAUGGGGUCGCCGAAUCGGACUUCGCGGGCCCCUCAUCGGGAGAUGCCCCAAGCUUGCGACGCAAUCGAUUCAGCUUCAUGAGGUUACGACAUGCAUCCGACCCGCAACUGUCCAAAAGCUACGCCAAGGCUGGUCAGCAGGAAGCUCCACCAAUGCCCUCCUUGCCGCCUCCUAAAAUCAUCACCACAGCCCCCACCAGCCACGAUCUUGAUCAGCCCACCAAAGAACUACCCUUAUUCAACAAACUUCGGCCGUCAUCACGAAAGCAUUCCAUGGAAGAGCUAUCCCGCAAUACAGCAGAACAGCCUGGGAUGAAACCAUCACGGAAGCACCAAGGGUCAACCGACUCGCAGGUCGAUUCCGGCCUCUCGACAUUCCAGGGUAGUAUGGAGGAACCAGGGCGACUUUCAACAACGUCAUUACGCAGUGGAAGUCGAGACCAGAUGAACUUGAACGAUUCGCAGCGUUCCUCAGUGACGGACCCCCGCUUCUCAGAGUCAUCUCGUUCAGAUCAGAGCUACGGUGACCAGGCCGCAUACAGCAGCAACUCCCCGCGAGACGGCGUAGGAUCAACAUCAAGCGCCAAGCGAGGAUUCCGUCUACCGCGAUUGAAGCGGAAUCGCAGCCCUCUUUUCCCCCUUCCUCCGAAACCCCCGCCGGGACAGUCAAUCCUUAAUGGCCCCAAAUUCCCACCGGCAGAUACACCUAAAUCCGAUGGGUCUGCAGACCAUGAUCAAAUCUCCCCUCUCCCCUCGCCGUCUCGCUCCUCUGUGGGGCUUAGUACAGCAGGUGGCCACCCCACGCUAUUUCGCAACGACUCCACAAACUCGAACCACUCCGCUCGAUCCAACCGCUCUCACAAAGGUCGAGGCAGAUCGUCCACUAUGGGGUCACUGGCCGAAAACCAGGACGACUUGUCUCCAGUUCCAUACUUGGUGUCAUCGGGACGGACCUCCACUUCGACGACUGGUCGCAAGAGCUUCGGUGAUCUUUUCAGUAUCUCUCAGCGAUUGAGGCAGAAUUCUGAGCCCCCAAUUCCCCGCAAUGGGUCACCUGGCCUCGGCGGAGCGUCAACUCCCAUCUCGAAGCCUGACUUACCGCCCGUGCCGGAGAAGGAAGAGGGCGAUACACCAGCUAGCUACUUGACAAGGCUUGAAGAAAAUGUACCUCGAGGUAUGGUUGGUGGUGUAUUGUCCCAAUCAGGCGACGAGUUCUUCAAGGUUGCUCUACGGAAGUACAUGCGGUCGUUCUCUUACUUCGGUGAUCCAAUGGACAUGGCCAUUCGCAAACUUUUGAUGGAAGUCGAACUACCAAAGGAAACACAGCAGAUAGACCGGUUUCUGCAGGCUUUUGCGGAUCGAUAUCAUGAGUGCAACCCUGGGAUUUUCGCAACCACAGAUCAAGCUUACUUCAUUGCUUUCUCAAUAUUGAUUCUCCACACUGAUGUGUUCAACAAGAACAACAAGCGGAAGAUGCAGAAACCCGACUAUGUUAAGAAUACCCGUGGCGAGGGUGUCUCUGAUGACAUCCUUGAGUGCUUCUAUGAAAAUAUCGCCUAUACCCCGUUCAUCCACGUGGAAGAUGCCAAUUUACGCGAUCGUCACCUUGCCAAGCCCCGUCGCGCCUUGUUCAAGAGCACCAGCACCGAGAAUUUAGCUCGUAUAGCACGCGAUCCCGUUGAUCCUUACACUUUGAUCAUGGAUGGAAAGCUUGGGGCACUGCGCCCAAGUCUUGGAGAUGUGAUGAGUCUUGAUGAUUCGUACAAUCAUUUUGGAACCGCCGGCCCGCCAGAUAUGAAUGACUUGCACCAAGCUUUUACAAAGUCUGGAAUCUUGCAGAUCAUAUCCUUGCGUUCUCGUCCCGAUGCCUUCAUGCACGCAAGCAUGAUGAACCCUGCAGAAUCAAAUCCAGGCCUGGUCGAUAUCAAGGUUGCGAAAGUUGGCUUGCUUUGGCGAAAAGACCCGAAAAAGAAGCGGGCUCGGUCACCCUGGGCUGAAUGGGGCGCUGUUCUCACCUUCUCGCAGCUUUACUUCUUCCGCAAUGUCAAUUGGGUGCGGUCCUUGAUGGCACAGCACGAAAACUACGUGAAAAAUGAUCGGACAGGCACACUGGUUUUCCGGCCACCGCUCGCUGAAUUCAAGCCAGAUGCCAUCAUGUCCACGAAUGAUGCCGUUGCUCUGUUGGACACAAGUUACAAAAAACACAAGUAUGCGUUCAGUUAUGUUCGCCAAAAUGCAUUGGAAGAGAUAUUCCUUGCGACGUCCGAAUCGGAGAUGAACGAUUGGAUUUCCAAGCUCAAUUAUGCAGCAGCAUUCAGAACGACAGGUGUCCGCACAAAAGGCAUGAUCGCGACGAACUACGAGGGUCAGCGAUACCGUACGAGCCAGCGGAUUGAUGACGCCUCGCUCAACUCGCAGUCAGCGGAGAAGGAGCCUGCAUCGCCAAGCAUCGCCACUGAUAUUGUUGCCGAGUUCGUUGCUGCCCGCAGAGAACUAAUGAGCCAGAAGAUCCGAGAAACGAACGAAAAGCUCUUCGUCACGCAGAAGCAACUUGAAGAACUGUUGCGGAAUGCCCGCCACCUUCAAGUUCUGACUCCGGUCAAUCCUCGGGCUCGUGAAAACGUCAUCAUGGCUGCAGGACGAAUGGCAGCAAAGCUCAAAUGGGUCAGACAGGAUCUCUGGCGCAACAAGUGCUAUCGUGAAGUGCUUCUCCGAGACCUGGGCGAAGAUGAUAGCUUUGUUGAGGGACGGGCCAGGUCCAUUGCCGAACCGCCGACAUCUGAAGAUGCAGCCCGGCUUGCCUCCAUCUCGGGACAUUCGGUGCGAUCCGAACCUGGUGUCCGGGCUCCUAGUAUCGUCCACACGGCAUCUAGCCAUGAUACUCAUGAACCACCUGUGGUAUCUGUUGACCAACCUGUUGAUCUUGGCCUCCUACACCAACCAUCCACGGAUGAGAUGCGCCGCCCAAGCCUCCCGGCUUCGACCACCUCCUCUGACGCUCUUCGUAUUGGUCGCCCGCUUUCUAUUGCCGUUAUGCCAGACAAGCUAUCCGACGGACAACCUCAAUUGGAGCGUGAAUCCUCAGUUCUCAGCCGUGGCAGCAGAUUUGAUGGGGCCAGUCUCGGCUCUCGAGCAUCUAAACUCACCUCUCCCGUGAGCUUCGAUGAAGGCGAGGAACGGCUUCUGAGAGAAACUGGCUUGUUAGAUCUGAGUGGCUCACCUCCACCACGGAAACAGUCCAGCAAUGUGGCCGAAUCGGAAGGCGAGGGCAAGCAGGAUGAGUCUGCAGACGUUUCUCAAGGUGACAGGCCUAGCCGAGUGCGACGCAGUCUCCACCGUACACUUCGUGAUUCACACCCCCACGUUCCUCGUCAUCACUCUCGUAGCAAGAAGAACCGGGGAUCGGUGUCAAGCAUCCCGACACUUGAUGACGACGAAAUUAUGAAAGAUGGUGAAAUUCUGUCACGCAAGACACCCAGUUUCACCGUUCAUGGUAAAAAGGCGUCCAUCAUCACCUUUGGAUCUGAGUGGCAGAACAUGCCCCCUGAGGAACGGCUGAAACUCCGGAAACCAACACCCUACGAAGAGCCGCGAGCUUCGGAGCCUGCUAUACUUGGCAGCAACGAAUUGGCCUCUUUAGAUCACACACCAGGCGCGCGGCCUCACUCUAUUCGAAGUGCGAGCACGACAACCAGGCUCAGUUUCUGUAGCGACGAUGAGCCGAGCGUCGACUACUUCAAGGACGCUUACGAAACUUUCGGUGGGGAACUGGCAACACCCACCAUCGAAAAGGAUCUCUCAAAUCUCUCGGUUCCACCCGAGGAGAAAGACCCAGAACAACGUUCGGAGGAGAACACAGCCCGUCCGGCCUCAAGUUCUGGGUCUGCGAUCUUCGGUCCCCGCCUCACAGCAACUGAUGACAAACCCCCUUCAUCCACCAAUUCUCUCGGUGAACGAGCUGUGGACACUCCCUCCUCCGAAAACCUGCGGCAACAAGCUGUAGGAGCAUGA